AUGUGGGUAUCGCCCGAGUUGGCGGUUGGUCCGAGCGGAAGCGGAGCAUUUUCCGCAGCCGCCACCAGCGGCAACGCAACAUGGUGCACAGUGGCGCGUGGCAUUGCUGCCGAUGGCAGCGACCGGCUGCGAUGUGGCGGGAGCAUUGCCCUUGAGUUUGAUGUAGAGACGACGGCGGCUUUUUCGGCGCGGGCAGCGGUGGUCCCGGCGGGCGGCUUUGGCACCGAGAUGCUGGUCUCGAUCACAUUAGCCGGCGGUGAGCGACGGAGCUGGAUACGCGAUGUGAGUGCGCCUGGCGCGACGGCACCGGAACAUGAGACAGCAGCGCCGCUCAUCGACAUCCUUCCGCACUGUCUCCUCCUCCCGGCCGGAAAAGUGAUGAUCGAGCUCGGCCUGACAGCACCUGGCAUGGCGGUAGAGGCAGUGACACUGUCGACACUCAUGCUGGCACCUGUUUUGGAGAGGGUGGUCGGAUGCGAGGAGCGGAUGGACGGGACGAGCCCAGUGUGUCCAACCGGCCCCGGGACUAGCAUUGCGGUUCAUGGCGCGCGAUUGUGUGCGGAUGCGGGCGCGGUGGUUGUGAAGUUCGGCGGAUCGAGCGCAACUGUGAUUGCGGUAGCCGAGGAUGGGAUGAGUGCGGAGAUUCAGCUGCCAACUGUCGCGUAUGGACCCACGACGCUUAUGGCGAUGGUCAAUGAUGGAAUAGGACAUCUGACGCUGCUGCCCGGGCUUCCGCUGAUUGUGGCAGCGUCGCUCUCGCGGAGCUCGUCGCGGGUGGUGGUUGCGAUGGAGGGCCACCGACUGGGACGAGGCGUUGUCGACGACUCGCAGGCCUGGCUGAGACUUGCGAGCGGGGUGGAGGAAGCGUGCGCCAAUGUGACGGGCGGGACGCCAAGCUUGGAGUCAGCCACCAGCCGGCUCGAGUGCUGGACAAAUGAGGCAAGCGCGGUGGCGACGAUCGGAGUGCGGGUAGCGGUGGGAAGCGCAAGCAGCCCGGUGCGAUGGUUUGGCCCCAACGAGCGGCUUCGGCGCAAAGCAAAAUGCGUCCUGACUGGCUGUGCCCAUGGCGGCCGUUGUGAUGUCGCGACCGGCGCGUGCCGGUGCUCAUGGCCAUGGCUUGGAGCCUCAUGCCGAAACGACGGGCGCUAUCUUGUUGUGAUCCCGAUUUUGGCAAUCUGGACAGUCUCGCUGCUCGCGUUUGGACUUGUGCGGAUUGCAGGCUGGAUUGGUGACCGGAGCCACCGGCGGAAUGUGAGUGCUUACUCGACGACCAUGGGCGAGAUGAGCGACGGGGCGAUGAUGGCGUCGACCAUCGCGGUCUCGCUCGACGAUCUUGAUGUUGUCCGGACCGUCGGACAAGGCUCUUGCGGCAAGGUGUAUGUGGCGUUGUGGCGUGGGAGCGAGGUAGCUGUCAAGCGGUUCUUUGUCUCUAUGCCGAGCGCUACGGUCAAGACCGAGUUUGCAUCUGAGUCGAUGAUCAAGUUCCAUGUCCGGCACCCGAACCUUGUGGCGCUCAUCGGCGCGAGCGCCGAACCGGAGCGCGUUGCGCUUGUCCUCGAGUAUGUGGCCAAUGGGGCGCUCUUCGACAUCCUUGGCAAGAAGACGAUAGCGCUGUUGUGGGAGCGGCGGUUACUGUGGGCGUCGCAGCUUGCAGCCGCGAUGGCCUUUCUGCACACGUCACGGGUGGCGCACGGCGCGCUCUCUUCGUUCAACGUCCUCCUCAGCGCAUCAUGGGACAUCAAAGUCUCCGACUUUGGCUUUGUGGCGACCAAGAAAGCGUCGGCGGCAGCGGCGGCGAGCCCCUUACCGAUAGCGGGCGAGGAUUGGAUGGCACAGCAAUGCGAUAUGAGCGUGCCCGGCCAGCCGGCGCUGUCUGGGACGCAGACGAACGGAUCGAUGGCGCGGAGCGAGUCGGCCACAGCUGUCUCUUUGCGCGGGCUUCAAAGGCAGCCGGCCAAGCGCAAACGGCGGUGGACGUUCUUCCGCGUGGUGCCCGAUGAGAGCGUGCCAGAGACCACGAUUCACAACGCGUUCUGGAGCGCGCCCGAGGCACUACUAGGCGAUGUCAGCGAUCCGUAUGCGGUUGAUGUGUAUGCGCUCGGAGUGGUGCUUUGGGAGCUCCUCUCACGGCGACCGCUGUACGCGGGCAUGCAUCCACUGACGGUUGUGCGCAACGUUCUGGAUGUCGAGCUGCGGCCAUCGACGUCGUCAUUGCCGCCGGACGCGAAUGGGACGCCACCUGCGCCGUUCCACAAGGAGGUAGUGCCCAAGUCUGGAUUUCUGUUUUCGGUCUCGGUCGGCGUGUGCAACGCAGCGGCAUUUUACGAGCAGGCUGCCUCCGAGGUAGCCGAGUUUGACACGCAGCUGCUGCACUUGCGCUCGGCACUGGCGGCUGCAACCAAAGCGCACUCGGGCUUCUCAACCUCAGCCGACGCGCUGCUCUACACCUCGGUCUUUGGCUCGGCCAAUGACGCCUUGGAGUUUCUCGCAGAUGUGGCCACACUCACCUCGGAGCUUAUCACGGUCGGCGACGGGACCGAUCUCGCCAAGCGCGGCCUCAAGCUUGGAAGUAGCCAGGCUGUCAACUCGACCGAGCUGGGCCCGCAGCUCUCGAGCCAGCUCGGAUCGGACAUCCUCUCGCGAGGCAACAUUACUGCCAUGUCGGCACUCUCGCCGUCGUAUCCGUCGGCGGGCACAAUGAUGCAGUCUAACGACAUCCUCUCGUCGGCCUCUGCUCACCGGUUCCGAACGUGA